AGGCUGAGCUGCAUUCCCAGCACCAGGAGUGAGCUGGAGCAGGGCUAAGAAAUGCCUGGUGGCUCAUGGCAAGCAGGAUCCCCAGGAAGGCAGCAGUGGGGCUGCGAGUGAGGGUUUCACAAUCUGCUCCCCACUGCUGCUGGGGGGCUGGCUGGUGCUUCCCAGCAGGGAGAGAGAGGAAUGCUGAGUUUCUGACCACAAAACACAGAAUCCUUCAAGGAGACUCACCUUCAGCAUGGCCCAGAAAAGCCAGACUGGUGGAACUGAGAAAAAUGAGUCGUCCCUCCGGUACAGCAAGGGUGAGCUCAGGGAAGGAGCCCUGCAGUGGGUGCCAGACCCCCCCCAAGGCCAGGUGCUGCUGGUGCUCAGCAUGGACAACUCCUGCCCCACCUCCUCCUUCGACAUGGACCUUUGUGCCCAGAAACUGCAGGCCCUCGGGGUCCAGGUGCCAGUGGAGCCAUGGAGGAGGCUGAUCCAGGAGGGGCUCCUGAGGCCCGAAGUGAGGCGGUUCCUGCUCUACAGCUCCAGGGGUUUCCAGAUUGCCAUGGCUGUGGUUUUCUACAUCUCUCUCUGGACAAACCUUUACUCCACACUCCAGCUGUGCUCCCUGGGACACUCGUGGGGGGCUGGCGUGCUGGUGACCCUGGUGGCCCUGGCUCUCACUGUCCUGGUGAUCCUGCUCAUUGAUCAGCAGCACAGGAAGCUAAACGUGAACACAGAUGUGAGGCUGGCAGCUGUCAAUGAAAUCUUUAUCAAACACAGAAUAAUCCUGGGGAUUACAGGUGUCCUGGAUGGGCCACACAACAUCCUGCAACUGUGGUUUGUGCACUUCAGCCCUGAGAGCUGCCUGCAGGCCCUGUCAGCCCACAUCACUCACCUGCAGGGGACACAGGCAGGCUUGAGGCACAGGCUGAACAAGCUCUGUGUGGUGAUGGAUGUGGCAGUUCAGCCCGAGCUGGGCACGGAGGAGGAGGCUCCAUGUGAAGAAUCCCCUCUUUUAUCCAGCAGGGUGACCCCGAAUAAAGAUCCUGUGACCUGCAGCAAGCUCCUGCACCUCAUCCCCGAGGGCCCACCUGAGGCCAUGGCCCAGCAGCUCCUGGUGAUCUUCAGUGGCUGCUACGUGCGGCUCCUGGUCACGGGCCGGCUCCCUCGGGCCAGCCCAGGGGGACACCUGGGCCCCAGCAGCGUUCCCUGCCUGUGCCAGUUCAUCCAGAGCACCGUGCUGCACCCCCAGCGCUGCUGGGGCAGGGACAGGUGACUCAGCACCAAAAUCGCUGUCCCCACCAGUGGAGAAGCUGUGGGGCAGGGAUGGGAGCUUCCCUGGCUGAAUGAGUGGAAAUAGGACUCCAAUAAAGCUGCUCACCUUGGAGAGCUCCUGCCCACCAGCUCGGUGUGGGGUUAUGGCCCCAGGGGUCAGAACCAGCCCAGGGACAGCCUGGGGCUCGUUUGUGUCCAAACCCUCCUGCCAGCAA